AUGUCUAGCCUUACCCUACGAUGUAUUCUACAAUACAUUGAAGCGAACAAACGAAUCCACGUUUCCUUCAGAUGUCCAACUAUCAAACAAGUAGAGAAAUCGAUACCGCUAUGUUUGGACAAUUUGGUUUUCUGGGGAAACACGUUGAAAAUAAACAGUGUCAUGUACUCAAUCAUGACAUAUAUGAAACCAGUAGAAAAAGAUCAAAACUCAAAAUUGGAUGAGAUAGUAGGCCUUCAAAAAUAUAUUGCGAUAGAUUUCGAACAAAAUAAUUCUGGAAAACACUCCAGAAAAAAUCGGAUUCGUGAAGAUCUCGAAGCAUUUGAGGCGACUACACGAAUGAUCAGAGUUUUAUUGGGUGGCAGGAACAAUAUCAAUGUUGAUAGUUUGGGUUUUCCAUUUAAUGGCAUUGACGUUUCCCAUUUGCCAAUGGAAUUGAAGUUUAAAGCGAACAAGAUUGAUUUUGGUUCUACUCAUUUGAACAACUAUCUCCCAUUCAUUGCUGUUACGAGUUUUCCAUUAAAAGAGCUCAUGAUCCAAUAUGAGUCUUCGGAAUACUUUCAGAACCCAGCAGUUCAAACCGCUCAGAAGUUGUUGAUCACAGACUUUGAUUUUUUGUUUUUCACUUGGAUUGACGAAUUGAAGAACCUUCCUAAUAAAAAUGUGGUGUUGAACUUGUCAGUGAGUCCCUCUAUAACCGAUAUAUCGGGAAUUAUUCAAACUUGGAAAUCGUCUGGAAAAGACAUCAAAAUGUGCUAUACGGUCAAAAACUAUGAGGAUAGAGAGUGGACGGUCGAGGUGGUUGAUACAAUUCGAGAGGAGUUCAAUGGAAACUUUGUAGAAUUAUCGAUGCCAGAUGUCAGAUACAAUGAGUGCAUCUCGCUCCCUAUGAGCAAAACAUCCGAAAUUGUAAUUUUUGGGUUCACAAUUUUUGAUCCAGAUUACACAUAUCCAAUAAGAGCUAUCAACAUGCAAGUGAUUCCCGUCGGGCUUACUGCUCCGAUUGAUUAA